AUGCCAUCGUUCCUCAAGAAGCUCCUCCUAGGUAAGGACCUCUCAAACCCUUACAUCAACCAGUACCACCCCGGCCACAGAGCUACCCCACAGCCCAUCCAGCACGUCGCCAACUCAGCCGCGCAAGCCAUCAAGUCCCACCCCACAGGUCUUAAUCUGUCAACAAGGAUACCGCCCUGCCCAGUAUCACGCCCAGUAUCACCAACAUAUUUAGAAGAGGCGCGCCGCAUCGCAGGCAGAGACCCAAUAACCGGCCAUGCUCUAUCACCUGAGCAGUAUCCUGCAUACGAUCCAGCCAGCGCACAAACGGCUUCGCAGUCUGCAUGUGGAAGGCAGCAGCCGUAUACGAAUGAGCAGAUGCGGUAUAACCCGUACGUCACCAGCGGCCAUGCUGCGGUGGGUGGUGACUGGAGCUCUGUAGUUCAGGAACGCGCGGAGCAGGACCGGCGGACGGCGACAACGGAUGUCCAGCGGGAGAGACACGAUGUCGCGGUCGCAGAGGAGCGAAUGCGCAGGGCGAAGGAGGAAAGGGUGCAGGCGGAUGUGUGGAGGGAGAGAGAUGUUGGCGGGUACUUUGCGCCGGAGAGGAGUGUGAGGGAGUACUACGGGGGACCGUGA